UGGAGUUAAAACUAUUGGCAGAAGGUGGAUCAGCUGGGGAAAGGGGUGGGGCCAAAGGCGAAAUCUAGGAAGCGGUGUCUUUCAGUGGGGUCAGUUUCUCUCUUGCCUCUCUGCAGUGACCGGUGCCGGUGUACAGACUUCAACCGUCAGCAUGUCCAAGAAAAUCCCAGGUGGCUCCGUGGUGGAGAUGCAAGGAGAUGAGAUGACCCGUGUUAUUUGGGAUCUGAUUAAGGAUAAGCUCAUUCUUCCUUAUGUGGAGCUGGAUUUACACAGCUAUGAUCUUGGUAUGGAGAAUCGUGACUUAACUGAUGAUAAGGUCACCAUUGAAGCUGCUCAAGCUAUCAAAAAAUAUAAUGUUGGAAUCAAGUGUGCCACCAUUACACCUGAUGAGAUUAGGGUUGAAGAAUUUAAGUUGAAGCAAAUGUGGAAGUCCCCAAAUGGAACCAUCAGAAAUAUUCUGGGAGGAACUGUUUUUAGAGAGGCCAUCAUCUGCAAGAACAUCCCGAGGCUUGUCUCUGGAUGGGUCAAGCCCAUCAUCAUUGGCCGUCAUGCUUAUGGAGAUCAGUACAGAGCCACAGACUUUGUUGUUCCCGGGCCUGGCACGGUGGAAAUAUCCUUCACCCCUAAAAAUGGCGGACAACCUAUUAAAUAUGUUGUACAUAAUUUUGAAGAUUGUGGAGGUGUGGCGCUUGGGAUGUAUAACACUGAUCAAUCCAUUAGAGAUUUUGCUCACAGUUCCUUCCAGAUGGCACUGGUUAAAAGUUGGCCUUUGUAUAUGAGCACCAAAAACACAAUUCUCAAGCGAUACGAUGGUCGUUUCAAGGAUAUUUUCCAGGAGAUCUAUGAGAAAGAAUACAAAUCACAGUUUGAAGAAAAAAAGAUCUGGUAUGAGCACAGGCUUAUAGAUGAUAUGGUGGCUCAAGCCAUGAAAUCUGAGGGUGGCUUCAUCUGGGCCUGCAAGAACUAUGACGGAGAUGUGCAGUCGGAUUCAGUGGCUCAAGGCUAUGGGUCUUUGGGGAUGAUGACCAGUGUACUGAUAUGUCCGGAUGGCAAGACCGUAGAAGCAGAAGCAGCACAUGGCACUGUGACCCGUCACUACAGGAUGCAUCAGAAAGGCCAGGAGACCUCUACUAAUCCUAUAGCUUCCAUCUUUGCCUGGACCCGGGGUCUGGAACAUAGGGCUAAGCUGGAUCACAACAGUGAACUGAAAAACUUUGCCACAGCAUUAGAGGAAGUCUGCAUUGAGACAAUAGAAGCUGGCUUCAUGACUAAAGAUCUUGCUGCUUGUAUUAAAGGUCUACCUAAUGUACAGCGAAGUGACUACUUGAAUACUUUUGAAUUCCUGGACAAACUAGCUGAGAACCUACAGCUGAAACUUGCCGCUCAAGCCAAGUUGUAAUUGCCAAAGGCUCAGAAGGCAAAUCUCAGGUUUAUUCUUCCCCGCUAGUCUACAGCAUUCUACAGGACCGUUUUACUUCCAUCCAGUGCAAACCAUGGCCCUCCUGGUUGGGCUACACUCAUUUAAAUGUGUUUUUAUUUCAAUCUGAUUACAACAGAAAUUACAAUUUCUUUGACAUAUUAUUGUACACAGGUAAAUCCCACUCAUUAUACAGA